UGUGUGUGUGUGUGUGUGUGUGUGUGUGUGUGUGUGUGUUAGUCUCUUCUCCAGGUGAUCUUUCCUGAACACAGAGAUGAAACUCAUGGUUGUUUGUUUUCUGUUUCAAGCUGUGUUGUGUAGAGAAUUCUCCAUCACUCUACCAGAGAGUGUAGAAGCUCUGAGAGGACUCUGUGUUCUCAUACCCUGCAGAUUUCAGAUUGAAGAACAAUACGAUAAAGACCUCCAGAGAGAUUCUACAGGAAUCUGGUUAUUAAACGGCACUGAUUUUAACAAUAAUAAAGUCUUUAAAGUAACUACAGAGAACAAGACUGAAGGUGGGGGCAGGGAGGGGGGUAAUUGCUCGUUCAGCAGCCUCACAGCCGUUGGAAAAUGGCUGUGGGACAGUCUGGUGGUUCUAGUGCGUAUGGACCUGGACUUUAUACCCGAGGGCAGUAGCUGGAACAGCCACUGCAUCUAUUGCAUCCUCAUGAAGAACUACACCACCAUCUUCUACAACAUCAGAAAGCGAGACGGAGGAAAUUAUUACUUUAGAUUAGAGACUACUGGACCUCUAAAAUACACUUAUAGACCACCAGUAUCUCUAAGAGUGCGAGACUCUCCAAUCAGACCCUCAAUAACACUGUAUAAGGAGGAUCAGGGGGAGGUGGAGGACCAGAAUGAGGUGGUGGAGGGAACUUCAGUGAGUCUCAUUUGCUCUGCUCCAUCUGCUCCAUGUCUCUUAAAUCCUCCCACUUUUACAUGGAACUUCCUGCCUGAGGAGAGAAGACAGGAGCAGAACCACAACACCAGCUUCAGCUCCUCUCAGCUGAACUUCAACGCUACUCACCUGCAUCAUGGACUCACUUUCACCUGCACCACCACCUACCAGCUCCAGAACCAGAACAAAUCAGCACAGAGCUCUCAUACUCUACAUGUUCUGUAUGGUCCUAGAAACACAUCAGUAUCAGUGUCUCCAUCUGCUUCAGUGCUUUUGGGCAGUUCAGUGUCUCUGAGUUGCAGCAGUGAUGCAAACCCAGCAGUGCUGAACUACAUCUGGUACAGAGAGAACGGAGAGCAGAUAGGAACCGGAAACCAUCUCACCAUCAACACCACUGAUUCUACACACAGAGGUUUAUACUACUGUAGAGCUCAAAACCAGCACGGAGAUCACAACUCAUCUGUGGUCCUGGAUCUUCAGUGUGAGUAUUUGAUUCUAAUACACUGCUCAAAAAAUUUAAAGGAACACUUUUUAAUCAGAGCAUAACAUCAAGUCAAUUAA